AUGGCGUGUGUUACGGGGGAUGAUACUGGCUUAGUUAAAGUGUGGGAUGUUUCAAGAAGUUUGGGCGCCACUGUAGCCUUUUCCUAUGGUGAACAAAGCAGAAAAAGAGGUAUUGCUGCUAUGUGUUGGAUGGAUAACUCAACGACAAAACUUGUUUUUUCUAUGAAUGAUGGAGUUGUUUCGGUGUUGGAUUUAGAAGAACGCGUUUUGAUGCAGUCGAAGAAUAUGCGACUUGUCGCUGGCUUACCUAGCGGUCUUGCAUUUGUGAAGGAAAAACUUGUAAUGGCGUCUAACGAUGGCAAAAUAUUAAUUGCUGAUGAGUCAUUUGAAGGUUCGAAUAUCUUUGAAUGUAAUGGCCCCGUCGAAGCGUUUCAUAUUCAUCGAAAAUUUGGUAUGUUUGCUAUGGGAGGCAAGGAUAAUGAUCUUUGUGUGUAUGAUGUUUCUGCACAAAACGUUUCGGUUCCUGUGUUUAAGGCGAAAAAUGUGCGGGAUCAUGUUUUGGAUGUGCCAUAUCCUGUGUAUGUGGCUGGAGCAUGUAUCAUUAAUCCGUUUGUAUUCUGUACGACAACAGCCUAUCAUCAAGUUCGUUUCUACGAUCGUCGAAGUAGUGAAAGGCCGGUACAAGAGUAUCAGAUUAGCCGUGAAAUUGGGCGUAGACCAACUACGCUAAUGCAGUGGAAUUGCAAUAAAUUUCUUAUAGGAGAAGCAAGUGGGGAUAUACAUUUGUAUGACACACGGCGUGGCUUUGCAUCUAGAGCCAAAUUGCGAGGUGGUGUUGGAAGUGUAAGAAGCAUGACAAAGCAUCCAGCUGGUCACCAGCUUCUUGGUGUUGCGGGGUUGGAUCGCAAAGCACGAAUAUAUCAUGUCCCGACAGGAAAAUUGUUGAUGACAAUGUAUGCCAAGCAAAAAGUGUCGAGUAUUCUUUUUGAUAGGCAUUUACCGCUUGCAGAUAAUAUGGGGGCCUUCAGUGGUAUUGCAAACUCAAAGCAACCGAGUAAAUUUUCUACACUUGGUGAUGAGGUGUGGGAUAACAUGGAUCCUGUGGUGGAUGACAUCAAUGAGGGAACUAUUUCCUUGUAG